AUGGACUCGGCGUUUCCAUCUAGGGCGGCAAUGAAUUGUGAAGAUAUUGAAUACCUCACGGUCUCGUUAUUCGGGUCACCAGCAGCCAGGGGCAUGGAUGCAUCCCUAACGAGACGACUCAUUGACUUACUGAAUCAAGUAGAUACCGAAAUCACUAUAUCACAAAUACACGCCAAGCUUACCGUGCAUGCAAACCGACCCGACAGCCAACUAAGACUUAUGCCUGUACAUUUCCCCCCCAAGAACAAGCCAUCCAUCACCCUUCGCCCCUUGGGAGCGCUCCCAAGGCAGCUCAGAGGUCUGGGAAAAGCAGGUGACUUGUCAGAUGGCAAGGUUUUAGUUACUGUUCGGAUAAUCUCAGACACGACCAGUAUGAAGGAUAUCGUCGAGCAAUGCAUCCAGUCCUUGUCAGCAUCGAUUCCGGGGGAUGUGGCAGAUAUCAAGAUUGAAGGUAUCUUCAAGUUCAGUCCGGACUCGUCCUUGUUGCUGCUCACACUGCCAACUGCGGUUUGGAGCAUGCUUCGUCGUAAUCACUCCUUUGACUUCGUCGGUGUCAUCCAGUCACAUAAUCUACUACUAUGUCACCGGUCGACUAGUAUGGCUCUUGCCUGCGGGAAUGCUGACUUACCCUACAGGGGCAAAGACUGA